AAGUCUCCACUUCCCAUUGGGUCAAGUUGUCCGUCAGUCACCGCCCAAGACAGUGGAACAACUAGACAAGUCAACGCAAAAAGCGUUGUACAACAGAAAAAGCAACUGAAAGGAAGAAACGCUUUGGUGAUAGAUUUCCAUCUUUCAUCUGGCAGACGGGACUCAUUGUCCGUGAGAGGGGACCUCUGUAACCCCCACGCCCCUCCACCCCUCCGCUCGUCCUCUCCUCCCCAGCUGUCACCGCUCUCCCUCCCUCUCUUGCACACACCCCCCCUUUCCAGCAUCAUCUCCCAUCCCCCACCUUAUCACCCCACAGCCACCAUGGCAGCGCGUCCCGUUCGGCCAAACGGCCAGUCCCCCGCCAACAAGGUCUGCCAGUUUAAGCUGGUGCUGCUUGGGGAGUCGGCAGUUGGAAAAUCCAGCCUGGUCCUGCGCUUUGUGAAAGGACAAUUCCAGGAGUUUCAGGAGAGCACCAUUGGAGCUGCUUUCCUGACACAGACAGUUUGUUUGGAUGACACCACAGUGAAGUUUGAGAUCUGGGACACGGCAGGACAGGAGAGAUACCACAGCCUGGCACCGAUGUACUACAGAGGAGCACAGGCUGCCAUUGUGGUGUACGAUAUGACCAACACAGAUACAUUUGGUCGGGCGAAGACCUGGGUUAGUGAACUGCAGAGGCAGGCGAGCCCAAACAUUGUGAUUGCCCUGGCUGGAAAUAAAGCUGACCUAUCGGCCAACCGGACCGUGGAGUAUGAGGAGGCGCAGGCCUAUGCAGAUGAUAAUAGCCUGCUGUUCAUGGAGACCUCUGCCAAAACGGCAAUGAACGUCAAUGACCUCUUCAUGGCCAUAGCUAAGAAGCUGCCAAAGAGCGAACCUCCGGCAGGGCCAGGAGCUGCAGGGCCGGGCCGUGCAGGCCGAGGAGUGGACCUCAACCAGUCCACUCAGACCAGCAAGACCCAGUGCUGUGGGAACUAAAGAGGAUGGGGAAAGGGAGGAGAGAGAGAGGAAACAGGUAGGGUGGGAAGACGGGAAAGGAGCACAGAAUGUGACAGCUCAAUGUUAAAGGAAGGAUAGAAAAGGAUGGGGUGACGAGAGGAGGACUAGGGAGGGAUAGAUAAAAGGGGAGGGGGGGCAGAUGUAGAAAGUGAGGCAGGGAAAAAUGACAUUCACACUCUUAAGAGAAUGAAGUUCCUGUUCUUCACCUAAACACUGCUUAUUAAGAAAAUGUGUCAUGGAGUUUGGUUCAUUAACUAGUGCCACCAGGAUCUUGCGAGGGGUUUGUUGUGAUUGUUGAGGCCUAAAGUUACUGCAUUUGCUGUGGGAUUGCUGUUAUAAUUGUGAUUAUUUUGAGUUAAGCAAAAGUCAGUUGCACAUGUUGGGGAUGUAUGCACGACUUGUGUAUUACAUCCUACAUCAAUCCUUGAUUUUGCCUAAAUUUGCAAAAUGGCAAGGUUGCACAAUCCUGGAGGGACUGUUUAAUUCAUAUCUAUUCUGUUAAACUAUAACCAAAUUGUAAGCACAGGCAUUCUGAUGGAUAGCAGGAUAUGAUAACUUGUUUCCACAGAUACAAAACUCAUAGUACUUCUGAUAACAUGGAGAGAUAAGCAGCAUGACGCCAAUUCUACACACAUGUAAAAAGAAAACUUAGCCAUCUGACUUGUAAUUACGUCAUGUCAAUUGUUUUUUGUCCAAAUCCAAUUUAAUUGCUGUCCCUGUAUUUUCUACCUAAAAUGAUUAUGCCUUAGUAUGAGUCUUAUGUAUUUUUACACCAUAUUAUAAUCAUCUGGCUAAUUGACUGUCUUAUCUAACACAGAACGCCAUAGUUACAGUUGACCUGCAUCCAAGAGUGAUUUUGAUAGGGGUUAUUAUGGGAAAUCUUACUCUGGACUCCCGCUUCCUGGCAACGUCUCCAACGUAUUGCCAGUGCCUCUCUAAUUUAGCCAGAUUGACAGAGUAAGUUAAGCAAUCACUUUAUUAGGUGUGCAAGCUGUUGAGUAAGCAGGAAUCAAUGGUCCGUAUAAGGGAAAAGAAGGAGAAAGGAACAGGGGGUAACUGAAGCACACACAACCACAUAAGUAUCCUUAAAAGGCCAUUUCUCUCACAAACAUAUGGAGGUUCCCUCUAGUUGAACCGAAGCCAAAGACCAUCAGUGCCAGCUUCUGUUUGUCAGAUAAGCUUCCGCUCCACAGGGCAGGGGGUCGUGCCAAGAGAACAUGCCAUAGCAGGGGAAGCCAAGGGAGUCAAAGGGGCACAAGUACCAUAAAGAGAUUAGUAGUAGCACUUCACUGAACAAACCCCGUCACAAAAUCUCCAUGAUCCCUCUGUCAUUAACCUGCGUUGUCAGUGGGCGUCGAGACUGCCCUCCUGCAGGGUUGAGGUUCAGUCCUAUUAUGUUACACCUGAUUCAAUUAACCAAGUCCUUUAUCCGGUUAUGUACAGUAGGAUUUAGUUUGCAACUAAAUACUGUGGAAUAGUAGAUCGUCAGGAGGAGUAGGUACCAGUGCAUCAGACAUUGCUGUUUGUUGACACAACCAUGAGUCUUUUAGGUGACUGCUAGUGGGCCAGCUAGCUGCCAGUCCCUCAUAUAAGCCAGUGGAUUGUAACAGUGUUAGCCAAGUUAAUAAGACUAUGAAUGGUCAACAGUAACAAACUAUCAGGUGUUUUGUUUCUGGUACCACACAUUUGUACUCAUUCUGUAGCUAGAUUUCAGAAGCUUAAUGUUAAGCCUAUCAAUGCAUGUUUGCACAGAAAUUAUGAUUUCAUUAUGUCUUAAAUGAUUGGCUACAUUGCAUCACUAUUCCUGCCAUUUUUAGAUGGAUGCAUUUUAUUGUUGCCUUAUUUUUGUAUCUAUUUCCUACUACCUUUGGAACAAUAUUCAUGUAUGCAUAUCAUUGCAUAUUCACCAUUGUUCUUGUUCAUUUAGGCCUUUCAUUCUUAAAGCCAUUGUAUUGGCAGUUGUAAUGCAUCUGUACAGAUAUGAUCAUUUGUCUAGAAAUAAUGAACUAGCUUGUUUUUUAAAAAAAAAUUAUUAUUCAAUAUGAAAUAUAUCAUUAUACCUUUCUUGUUGGAAAUUAAUGAAUCACUCAUGAUUCAAAGGAUUACCUUCACUCACACUGCAAGGAUAUGGACAAUCAAGUUAGUUAAUAUGCUUGCAAGGUUCCUAUGUAUUUAAAUGUAAUUAAGAGUUAUUUUAAACAAAUCAUACAGUCUUUAUGUUUAUAAAUAAAUUGCCUUUCUUAUUA